AUGGCAAGCACGCUCUCUCUGAGCGCACUGGCUUUGGGUAGCGUGGGCAUAGUCACUGCAUUUGCCAGCAAACAAUAUCUCGACCGAUCCUGCCCGAGAAUCCCCAUCAACAAAGUAUCUCGGAUGAGUGCAUGUCGACAACUGGUGGACAGGGCAUGUAGCGACCCCUCGGACGCCGACGUACCAAAGCCGUGGGGAGCAGCGAAAUCGGGUCUGCUAGCCUCGUGGUCGGAAGCCAGCUCGGAUGGCAGGAAAAGUCGCUGGCUGCCAUCCUAUGUAGCCGUCCAGAUGGAUGUGCCGUUGACGCUAUUGGCAUCCUACCAAAGUGAAACCAAUGAAAUCGGACUGGUCAGGGCCGAAAACGAACCGUGCACCGCAGAUGGGAUGGCGCGAAAUCUGGUUGCCGCCUUUCUCGAUGCACGGUCGCGCGGUCCCGAUGGAUGGCUCAUAGACCGGAACGUGCCAUCUGUGUCUCUUGCUUCCGGGGGUCAUCUAUUCGGAGACGCGGCCGGUCUUUCUGCUUUUAUGUUUGAUAGCUGGAGCUCCAGAUCUGCAAAGUCAAUCCAGCCUUCUGUUCUACCGGCGAACGCACCCACCCCGAGCGCUUUCUUCCCCUCCAAUGAGGCACUCAUUGCAUCCCACCGCUCAUCCCAACCAGAGUCAGCUGGCACAGUCAUCUACUGGAAGUUCCCCCAAGGCUUAGUCAACGCAUUCAAUGGUGCGGCCUCUUACGGCUGGCCAUGGCGAUUAAUGGAUGGUGGCUUCCAGGAAUUCGUCGUGGAGAAGAUCUCAGAUGACACGGCAAGAGUGACCUACGUCUCAGUGGAAUGCUCCAACUUGUAUCCUGGGGGCCAAGUUACACGGAACUUUAAAAGAAUGCCGUGGGUUGUCUACGAAGCUCACGUCUUAUAUGCCCAGAGUCUCCUCCUAGGGGCUGUUCGGCAGUUACGGAAGGCAAAUUCGGCGUAG